AUGGAGCCCUCGACGCCCACGCCGAAAAGGCAGCCCCCCCUCUACACGCCCCUGGCGGCAGCAACGCUCGAGCGCAUCAACACGUGGCGCACGACGAACCUCCUCGCCGCAACCUGCACCUGCACCGACCCCCCGACGCCGCUGCCGCACCCGACCUCGACCUUUCUCGCCGCCCACACAAACUUCUGGCACGGCACCUGGACCUACCGCCGGCACCCGCCGCCCCCGCCGCCGCCCGACGACUGGCGCCCGGACUCGUGUCCGCGCUGCGCCCGCCUCGGCGCCGCCGCCCCGGCCACGCCAGAUCCCACCCCGGAGGAGCAGCAGCAGCAGCAGCCACCGCACGCCUCGGGCAGCGCAACCUCCUCGCAUGACGCAAGACGGUCAGGACUCUUCGCGCCUAUGAAUCAAGCAAAUCUUGUUGUCGUCCUAUUUGCGAAAGAUGAGGCCGGGCAAGCUAGGCAGGCAUUCGAUGACCCCGUCAGCAGGGCCGGCACGCCGUCGGCGGACAGGAGGAAGACGCCGCGCGUCACGGCCGCGGCUGUCGCGGCCGUCGGCGCGCCGGCGGGGCGUGCCGGGUCCGAGUAUAACCCCUCCAGCGCGUCGACGGGCUCCAAUCCUGACAAUGCCGGGCUGGAAGGGUUGAAAGUGAAGCGGGCGCGAGAGGGGGAUGCUCGGCUGUCGAGGGCGAGGGAGCUACUGGAGAGGAAGGAGAGGGCGGAGAGGCAGGGGGUGUAG